CCUUAUCUUGCCUAUCACACGAAAACAGUAGGAAAUAUCAAGUAGAGCUCGACACUGCGUCGCUAUUUGACCGAAUGAAGGAGCAGCCAAACUUGAGCCAUCCAAGAUGCAAACUGAGUCUUUUUUCAGGUCAUUCAAAAAAAAACUAUGACAAGUAUGUAUCACAUACAGCAAGAGUAGUUGUACAUAUAUGACAGAUGUGAAUGGGGAAAGUCGCCUUGUUGCUGAGGGUGGGUGUCCGUGAUCUUGGCAAAUUGUCCAAAUCCAUCAGACGGUAGCCACGCAGCUUAGUGCGUCCAGCUAGCUGUCCAGCCAGAGGCAGCGGCCAGCCUAGCCCCAGCCAGCGGCCUUAGCCCUGCCCUGCUCGCUUAGCCCUGGCCAGCGAACUGGCCCCAUCGUACCCAGCUAGCUGGCCCAGCCCUGGACAGCCCGCUUUUGUGGCCCUAGGCAUCCACGCUCGGCCCUGGCCGGCGAGUUCAGUCAGCCCGGCUCAGUGGGUGAGUAGGCUUAAGUAGCUCGAGACCCUGCGCUUGGACAGACCGUACUACUCUCAUGUCAACAAGCGUACUCGCACGAAGACAAAUCCUCUAGAGGACCAACAAACUCAACAACGGAGCCAUGUUUCAUGUUGAAAUCAGAAACCGAUAAACACAGAAGCGAUUUUCCGUCACCACUGCCAGAGUGACACUGUAAUUUUGUGCUCUGCUGGUUUUCCUCUUAUUCAUUCCUCUCGAGUUCGAGACACGGAUGCAAGGUGAAUUAUGCUUGCUGUGAUAAUGAUAGCAGAACAGUUUUUAUCAGAAAAGAAGUAGAUGAUAAUGCGAGUAAAAAUUGUGAGAAUCAAAGAGCUUCAUCUUCAU